AUGAGUGAAGGAGGUGAGGAUGUGUUCCUAAGGUGUGAUGAGGCUUUUGAUGACCUUUUCAUCCACACACCAAAUGGUAAGCAACCUAUGAUUCAAGCAAAGGAGGAUGUUCAUGAACAAGAGAAAGGCAGUGUGAUGAAGGUGAAAGAAAGAGUAACUUCAAAGGAUUUGAUACAUUAUGGAUAUACACAUGCUAACACAAUGGUUGAUUCUAAAGAGUGUUAUGGAGAAAUUGAGGAAACAGAGUUUAAGGAAAGAGAUGUUCAGGAAAGAGAGGUUGAAGAAAGAGCGGUUGAGGAAGGAGAAGUUGAAGAGAGAGAGAGAGAGAAAGAGGGGUUGGAGCAAGAGUGA